CCUCCUCCUCGUCCCCGGCGGGUUCGGGCGUCUUUGGGACUUGACUCCGAGACAUUUUGCCCGGUGGGGCCCAGAACCGAAAUCGGGCGCCCAGGCGAGCGCUGCAGCGGAGGAGGGCCGGGGGCUCCCCACGGGGUCCCCUGGGGGACCGGUGAGAUCGUCUCCGGGGUCGCAGAGUCCCCCUCUGACUAAGAGCAGUAGGAAAAAGUCGGAAAAAGGGGAAUUUGGCUAGAGACCCUACACCUCCCACCUGGGGAGGAGGGGCUGCCCCAGGGAUUAGCCCCUGACCCCACCAAAGGGCCCUUCACUGCGGGGAAGAGGAAGUAAGUGAAGAGAGAAGCAGGAAACCAGAAGGCCGGACAUUUUUCUGUUCCCUGGCCGAGGUAUUUUGAAACCUGGGUUGUGGUGAGGCGCCAGGCUUGCUCUUUCCCCACCCGUGUGUCAGCGUUCCCGGCCCAGUAGGCGUCUUCCAGGGUGGAGUCCGCCCCAGCUCCCCGCACUGAGGAAACCCAAAGCCUUUCACCCCCGGGCCCUGGAGGAGAACCGAGUUGGCACCUACCCACCCCUGGGUCCCAGCCCCCGUUGUAGGAAGGCCCGGAGAGGCCGGGCGGGCCCGUGGCCGCGGCCCAGGCUGGCGGAGAGCGCGGCGCCCGUCAGCCCCGGUGGAGGGGAUCGAUGGUGGUGGGCCCCAGAGGCGGCGGAGCCCUAGGCCCGCCGGCGGCAUGGCGUGGGCCAUCCUGUUGGUGGCCGCGUUGGUGUGGGAGGCCCGCGGCCGACCCGACUCCAACGGCAGCGCGGCCCCGGGGCCCGCGAGCGACGGCGGCGGCGGCUACCUGAGCAUCGGGGACGGCUCGGCCCUGGAGUUCGAGUUUCCCGAGCGGAGCCGGGGGAUCAUGGUGAUCUCCAGCCGGUACCCCCGGGGCAACGGGACGGGCCCGGAGCGCCAGCCCGUCUUGACCGUCAGCUCCCUGGCCCCGGAGGUGCUGACCAUCGAGAACGUGAGCGCCGCCGGGGGCCGGGCCCGGGGCCGCUUCGUGGUCAGCAUCCGGUCGGGGCCGGCGGGCCUGGCCCCGCUGCGGCUGCGCCUGCUGGACCGCCGACGGGCGCUGAUCGAGGAGCGGCGGGACUUCCGCAUCAAGGUGUCGGCCCCGGAGGGCGACGGCGCCGGGGAGGGGGCCGCCCGGCCCGGGGGCCUGGCCCACUUCUCGGAGAACCCGCUGCUCUACCUGCUGCUGCCCCUCAUCUUCGUCAACAAGUGCGCCUUCGGCUGCAAGGUGGAGGUGGAGGUGCUCCGCGGGCUGGUGAAGCAGCCCCACCCCGUCCUGCUGGGCAUCCUGGGCCAGUUCCUGGUCAUGCCCCUGUACGGCUACCUGGUGGCCCGGGCCCUGACCCUGCCCACGGCCCUGGCCCUGGGGCUGGUGGUCACCUGCUCGGCCCCCGGGGGUGGCGGCGGCUACCUGUACAGCCUGCUGCUGGGCGGGGACGUGACCCUGGCCAUCUCCAUGACCCUGGUCUCCACCGUGGCGGCCACGGGCUUCAUGCCGCUGUCCUCGGCCUUGUACGGCCGCUUGCUGGGCGUCCACGAGACCCUCCACGUGCCCUUCGCCAAGAUCCUGGUCACCCUGCUCUUCAUCGCCAUCCCCAUCUCGGCCGGCGUGCUGAUCAAGUGCAAGCUGCCCGGCCUCUCGCGGGGGCUCCUGCUGCUCCUCAAGCCCUUCAGCUUCCUGCUCAUCCUCGGGGGGCUCUUCCUGGCCUACCGCAUGGGAGCCUCCAUCCUGGCCGACGUCAGGCCCCCCGUCGUGGUGGCCGGGGUCACGGUGCCGCUCUUCGGCCUGCUGGCGGGCCACGUCCUGGCCUCCUGCCUGAAGCUGGCGACGCCCCACCGCCGGACGGUCAGCCUCGAGGUGGGCGUGCAGAACAGCCUCCUGGCCCUGGCCGUGCUCCAGCUCUCCUUCCGCCGGCCGCAGGCCGACUUCGCCUCCCAGGCCCCCUUCAUCGUGGCGCUCAGCGGCACCUCGGAGAUGCUGGUCCUGGUGGUCGGCCACCUGGUCUACAGGAGACUGUACCCCGCCCCCUGAGGCCCCGGGACCCCCCCUCCGGCCUCCAGGCGGUCCUCCCGUCCCCGCCGUCCCCACCGUCCCCACCCCUGCCCGGGGCCUCGCCCCCCCGGUAGGUAAGUCACUGGAAACCAAAGGCCUUCUGCCCAACCUGCACUAUGCACUCAGAGAGCCCAGGCUUAUUAUUUUUGUACCGAUGUUUUUAUACUCCUGCCUUGGCUCCGGUUACCCGGGCGAUGCCAAGCGGGCCGGGGAGGUUGCCUGCCCGGCGUUCGGGAUCCAAUAAAGAGGGA